AUGGUGCUUUGGAACCAAAUCGUGCUGGUGGCUGUAUUGAUCAUCUUUUCUUGUCCUAAAGGAUUAGAAACACUACCUUCACAGCACCUGUGUGGCUCGCAUCUAGUAGAGACUCUAUACUUUGUGUGUGGACAAAAGGGUUUCUACUAUUUACCUAAAGCAAAAAGAGGCAUGGAACAGUUUCUAGCAUUACGUGGUCAACAGUCCAUUCAAGAAAAUGAGACAGAGCAGCAAUUUCCAUUCAAUAAACGGCUGGGCCAGAUGAUGAAGAGGGGGAUAGUGGAUCACUGCUGUCACAAUACCUGCUCCCUUUACGAUCUGGAAGGCUACUGCAACCAAUAA